AGUGAAGAAGUCACGUACUACACGAGGUGGUACGAGAGCAGUAUAGGCGUACCCGGUAGCCUAUACGGUUUUUAUACGUUGGUCUUUUUAAAAUCUCCAACUUUCCCCAUUUGGAUAAAGAAUGCUCAACAGAACAAGACAUCAUUUGUAAAACCAGAGCGUAAAAUUUCGAGCGGUUUUACUUUGGAGAAUUUUUGUUCAGACCUUCAUAGCGACAUUGCUAAACAACACGCUAACAAAUACAGUUUUAUACAAACUUUCGAAUUAUUUUUUCACCUGUUGGCUAAACUAUAGCUAACUACCUCGAUAAAACAUCAGCGAAGCGGAAAAUGAACCACGGCUACACCAAAGCUGAAAUGGGCCCAGAAGUAACAGCAGCAGCGGGCUUUGUGUCCAGUUUGUUAAGAACAAGAGGCUUCCUCACUGAACAACAGCUGCAGAUUUUCAGCGACUGCCUCCAUCAAGCACUUUCAGAACACUACAAGGACCAUUGGUUCCCGGAAAAGCCACAGAAAGGCUCUGGCUACAGGUGUAUUCGCAUCAACCACGAAAUGGACCCCAUCAUAAGCAAAGUCGCCAGGCGAAUUGGUCUGAACAGCCAUCACCUGUACGAGCUUUUGCCGAGGGAGCUGACUAUGUGGGUGGAUCCAUACGAGGUGUCUUAUCGCAUCGGCGAAGAUGGUUCCAUAUGUGUCCUAUACGAGGCCGAAGUCCCCGCGCCCAGCAGUGUUUCCUCCGCGUGUAACAACUCCGCACUGCACUGCAAGAACCACUUUUUGAUGGGCCGCACCAGCCCGCCUAAAAACUACCUGAUGACAGUUUCGAGCUAAGUGUGUCCCGGGGAAUGGGACACCAGACAGGCAAUGCGAGCUUCAGCGAGGGGGAACCUUGGGGCCAGUGAUCAUCUCCGUUGUAUUUUUUUGUUGUUUUCCCCCCUUCUUACUGGGUAGCUAUUUGUCUCCCCCCCCCCCCCCCCCCCCCAUACUAUUUAUUACUUGCUUAAUAUGGCAGCUUUUGCUGUUUUCCCCUUUUUAAAAAUUACCUGAUAAGGACAAUUCCAGAAGCACUAUGUGUUCCCUUGUUAUGCAGGUAGUUUAGUGCCUUUGGGCUAUUGUCUUUGCACUGCCUAUCUUCACAGUGUGUGUGUGCCCCUAUUGGGCCACAAAGUGAAGCUUAGUCUGUAACACACUGGUAUUUCUCACACAGUUUACUUCAUUUGGAGGGGUUUGUAUUUCAGAUAAGGUGCAAUAAUUGUGAUUCAGAAAUACAGCAUCGGUACAGUGAUUGUCAAUGUCUCCCUCUAUACUGGAAACAAUGUGGCCUUUUUGACACUGACAAUUGAAUGGGUUGUAUCAU